GUUACCAUCUGAGCAAAAUUCUGGUUGCUGACAUCAUGGCUUACAUCAUGGAGACACCUCACCUAACAUGCCACUACGAAUUUCAUCAUUUCCAUCUACUUUUGCCCUUCAGAAACUCCUAUAAAUAGACUCUUAAUCUGCUCUCAUUCAUCACACAACAACAAGAAACACAAAAACAAAGAGUAGAAGAAGAUUUGGAGGCUUGGAGCAUGAAGAACAAGUCUUGAAGAUCUAGAGAAGCUUUCUCUUUCUCUUCUCUCUAUCUUUAUGUUUUUAUGUUUUCUAUCAUUUGAUGAUGUCUCUUGAUCAUUUCAUGGCUCUAGAGUAGUUCUCUUGUUACGGGAUAGGUUGAAUUUGGUUUGAUGAAUAAGCUUGUGCUUGAUUGAUGAUAUUGUGUUCAUAUGCUCAUGGUGUUGAAAUCUUGAGUCUUAAUGCUUGUUCUUGAAUUAAUUCUUGAUCAUGAUUCUAUAAACAUGUUUUGAAUUGAGAAAUCCAAACAUGUUAUGAACAAGAUUAUCAUCUAGAAGUCAUGAUUCAUUGAGAAAUGAUCUUGAAUUCUCUAGGAACAUUGAUUAAACAUGAACUUGUAAUGCUCUUAGAACUUAUGUUUCAUCAUUGAGAAAUGAGAAAAUUUUAAGUAUAUAAGUAAGAAAUUUGAUCUUGGAUUAGAGUUUAAAGUUCCACCAUGAAUGCAUAUAAAUCACAUAAUCAUAUUCUUAGUGCUUGUUCAUCGAAUUAAGUUCAUACCGAUUCCCAUAACGUCUUUUGAUAUUGAAUCCAACUUUGUUUUUCUCAUCCUCUUUGAUAAUCAAAAGUUUGAAUCUUGAUUUAGUUCACUAGAUUUUUAGAAAUAUUAUUAGAAAUAAAAAUUUCAUUCCCUUGGGACGAACCUUAAGUACCAUCGAUAUAACCGUGCACUUGCGGUUGUGUGUGCUUAAGUGACUUAUAAAUAUUAAAGCUUGAUCAAACUACGCACACUACUUAGCACGCAUCAGGCAUCAUGAGAGACGGUGUAAGAACCUUUGUCUCUGGCGACAUGGGCAUCUCUGAGAGCGGAGCUGAUGAGUUGUUCGAUUCUAACAACCUCCUUGGCGGUCUUCUGAUUUCACUCUCACGUUGUCGAGCCAAUUCACAGAGAUCUGCCAUCAUCAAAGUAUGGAGAGAAAGCAUAGCAGAUGAGAGACACAACCAGAGGCGAUCAGAGGUUGAAGAAAUAGUGAGAAAAGCAACGAAUUUAUAGAGAGGGAACAACCGAAUUUGACAAAACCCAAGAACAUAAUACAAAAUCAGACGAGAUUAGGGUUGAAGGAGCGAAGUCGAACUUUGAAUUUAGGGUUUGUGAAAGGAGAAAUAAUUAAAGGGGUGAAAGGGCGAAAUCGAUUUAUUAUAUUUCAGAACCGGAUUUUUUAACUCAAAAACUGGAAAAAAAAAUUGGACCAAAAUACGUUGACGUGGUAAAAACAUUUAAAAUUGCUUACGUGGACACGAUGAUGUCAGCCUUCCAGUCCUAAGUGGAUUUCCAAUGGCAUGAAUUUUGGGUCAAACUGGUCAACGAGUUAUCAAUUACAACAACAAUUUGCAAGUUCAAGAUUUUAUUCAGUUACAUAUUUCAAGUUCAGGGUUUAAAUGACACAUUUUCAAGUUAGAGAUUUAUUUAUAUAUUUUUUUGCAAGUUCGAGGUUUUUUUAGGGAUUUUAUCCUAAAACUUAAUAUUUGCACGGAUGGAAUACGGAUACAAAUACCUAAAAAUUUAGAGAUAUAUGAUUCGUAUCCAUCCUAGUGACACUGUUUUCUAUAGUAAUAAAUUAAAAGUAAAAUAUAUUCAUUUAACUAUUGAAGACGGACAUAACUCCUUUACGUUAAUUUGAUCAAAUUUAAAUAUAUUCAUUUAACCAUUACACAUAUAAUUUCUUUAAGUGAACUUGGUCAAAAACAAUUUUAUACUUUCGCUAAAUAUUUAUUAUGAUUCUCUCUCAUUCGUCAAAUCUGUUAACUAUUUACAAAAAAAAAAGAAUACAAUACAUAAUUUAAGAAUUGAUAAUAAUGCAUAAAAAUUAGUUUGACAUACAUAAAAUUGUAUAGAUUCGAAAAAGAUACAUGUUUAUAGUUAUAUAUAUCUCCUCAAUUAUUAGCCUAAUUUUUUUAAUUGCAUUCAUUCCCACGAUUCUAAUAUUUCCGAUAUUCAAUGUAUUUAAAAUCUAUUUUUCUUUGUAUCAUUUUAUUUUCAACGUAUGAACUUUCAUAUUCUCUCGAUUAGGGGUUGUCAUUUGGGUUAUUAACCGAAUAAUCGAACUGAAUCAUAUCGAAUAAUAACAGUUCGGUUCGGUUAUUUAUUUAAUAACCGAACAGUUGAGAAAGUUCAAUAACCGUUCGGGUUUGGUUCGUUUCGGUUAAUAACCAGAAUAACUGUAGUUAACCGAACAAUUAUUAAUUUUUUUAAUAUUUUAACUUUAAUCUUAAUUAUUUUUAGUGUUAUUCUUUUACAUUUCACUUACUUUUACGUGUUUCACAAAAUUAACUAUAGAGUUUAAUGUUGGGCCUUUUUUAUCCACAUUUCUUGUUGGGCCUUUUGAUAGUUUUAUAUGGGCUUUUCCAAUAUUUUUGGAAUUUCAAACUUCAACAUCUAUUUUCGCCUUUUUAGUUAUAUGAUUGUUUUCUAAUUAUUGUAUUUUUUUUUAAUAUUUGUAACAGGUUCCCUUUUUUCUCCAUUUUUAUCUAACAAAACGUGAAAAAAAAAAACGGAAACUGAUAAUAAAGUUAACUCAAUCUCAUUGAAAAAAACACAAACAUGAAAAAGGAAAAUAAUAUAAGAAAAAGGAAACAAAUAAUAACAGAUUACAUAUUAUAAGAAAGGAUAAUAUCAAGAUUCGCUGAAUAUAAAACCAUGUUGUUGUAUUCAUAUAGACCACAGUAAUAUAUUUUGAUAAAAUAUCAAAGAUCUAUGUAUAUCUCUAAUAGAUAAUUUGUUAAAGUUGAGAUCAAUCUGAUAAGAAACGUUACAGUUCAAUCUGAUUGAACAAACCCAAUAAUGAUUAAGGAAAAUAAUAUAAGGAAAAGGAAAGAUAUAAUCUGGAUUAGGGUUUUCGAUGGCUAUAUAUAAGAUUUAAGAAGCGACCCACAAACCCGUUUCAACAUUUUCUCGCAUUCCAAACCCUAGUUACAGAGAGCCCGCAAGAACAAGCGAUGGAACCGAUGCUCUGCCUGGUCGGAAAGUUCUUCACCGCCUCAUCUCCGCCGUCGAUCGAGAAGACCGAGACAUCACUCCGUCAACGUUGGGAUCCCUCCGGCGACAUGACCGUUUCUCCCAUCGAGGACGAUAUCAUAUUGUUCAACUUCGAGUUAGAAGUCGACAUGAAGAGUGUUCUCCGACAUACAUGGCACGUCGAUGGCGUUAUCUUGGUCCUCAAGCAAUGGCCUUCUCACCUCUCUUUAUCCGACAUCGAUUUCUCUGUCUCCUGGUUCUCAGUCAAGGUCGAGGGCUUGCCAUUGUGCCGUUACACCGACGAAGAAUCCCGGAGAAUCGGCGAGAUUCUCAGCGAUAAACCGCUCGGAAAAGUCUACUUGAAUUCCUCGAAGCGGGAUUUCUACGUUCGGGCAGAGAUCGAUCUGAAGAAGCCACUCAAUCCCGGUUUCUUCCUCGACGACGAUUCAUUUGUUCAGUUCAAGUACAAGAACCUUGGAAGCUUCUGCAAAAGCUGCGGCAUGAUAGAUCAUGGAUCAUGCGGAGAAAUCCCAAAGGAAAGGCCUUUAACUCGCGAGGUUAAGACACGAGUGUACGGUCCGUGGAUGAACGUCGCGUUUUCCCGCGUAGAUUUUGCCGUCGAGUUUCCGGAGAAGAUAAGCGAGAGAGAAGACGAUGAGGAAACUGUUCCGUACGAGCAGUUCUUCAUCAAGCUCAAAGUCGAAGUCGUUUACGCGAACGAACACAAGUGGGGAGACAAGAAACUGGACCGUUCUCUUCCAGUCACUGAUCAGGAAUACCGUUUCAGAUUCCCGUGUUCUUUUCUCGCGACAGCUUUGGAAUCCGACGAUCAGUCGCAAGCCCUGAUGACUUUGGCACGUGAGAUCGACGAGAACGUGCCUUUGAUCGGGCUGAAAUUCAAUGACAAGAUCGAGAUCGUCAAGAGAUUCGUGGAGUAUUCCAAGGAGAACAAGAAGUCUUGGUCGGACCGAAGAUGGGUCCCUCUCAGAAUCUGCGCCAAUAAAACAAUCUGGCUCACGAGCGUGGAUUUCCAGACGAAGCUUCAAGAGCGCGAGGACGAAGAAUUUCACCGGACGAUCGAAGCCAAGAUUGCAGAGAUGAUAAGAAGACGAGUCGAGAACAACGAGAAUGUACUGUCGGUGCCGUUAUGGAAGACAUCCAUCCAAGAUUUGAUGUCUGAAAUCGGCGUCAAGGAGACGGAGAUUCCGUUCGAUUUGGACAAAAGAGCGAAAGGGGCAAGAAGCGAAGCGAUCAGACACGGGGUUAGAUUCUUCAGCGGUCCGAUUCCGGCGGAAGAAACGUCGGUGUGCAGACUGGAGAGAGUGAAGAUCCUUGGAGAAGACAUGGAUGAACUGGAGCCAUGCACGAUCUGCCAAGAGGGGAUGUUUCUUGGGGAGGAAGCAACGAGAAUGCCUUGCUCUCAUCUCUUCCACAGAUCCUGCAUCGAAGAAUGGCUUCAGAGAGGGAACCAAUGCCCUAACUGCCGUUUUCAGUUGCCCUCUCGUGCAGAACGCAUCCCUCAUCGCGAUGCCAUCUCUAAGAAAUACCAAAGCCUUAAACGUCGUAAUCUCUGAUUCCAAUUUUGAUGUGUUUUAUUUUUUGGUUUAAAUCUCUCUCAUAUUUGUGAGAUAUUUUAUGAUAAAUUUGUUCAUGCAUUAGUAAGUCCAUCAUGUUAUAUAUAU